UGCGUCUCCCCGUUUUCGUGUCUGGCCUUGACGGCAAAUCCAGCAAGUAGACAUCGUUAUGGCUCUAAACCCCGCUUGAAAUUACGAAACAAUCGAUCUCCCCGUUGGUCCGCUGACAACCAUUCCUUUGAUUCCUCCCUUCAAUGGUGUCACCCCGUCUUCCACCUCGCGCCUCUAGCCACGACGAGUCCUAUCGCACUUCGGUCGUGUCGGAUAAUGAUCGCAUUUCCCACAACUUUCCGAUCUCUCGACUAGAGGGCUCAGCGAUCACCCGAAUGAUGAAUGAGUUACACGGCAGGUCCGGCAAGCGGCAGGAGGACACGGAUAUGGUUGCGGGGUCCUCAUGUUCAGCGGACGUAUCACCGAGUCCCGGACACAUACCUACGGAACCAGUCGCGGAAUUAAGGGAUCAAGAGAGAAUGUCCCGGAGAUCCCGACACCUUCAACCAUCGCCUUUGGGUCGGCGAGAUGAACCAAGGGCCAACACUGUUGAAGCUCCGCUGCUCUCUGGGACGCCCGAAGCUACGACAAAGAAAUCUUCGGAUACAGAACUACAGCAAAAUGGGUUGGAGAGCGAUGGUUAUCGGUCUUCCGGUAAACGAUCUUCCUUGAUCGGCGACCAGAAAAGUGGACAGUGUUCCUUGGCCCCCGAGCAGGCUUUUGGCAUGGUCUUUGAGCACUCUGACGGCCCCAACGGUGUCAACGGUAGUACGACACAUAGGACUUCCCUGGUGGAUGUCAUUGAAGGACCCGAGGUUGCUGCUGUAUUAGAUCAGUGGCCUGGAGAGGUUUCUCCUACCAGGAAUCAGGAUAAGGAUCGAGAGCGCGUUCCGAAGCUAUCUCCCGCGCAAAUACAAGAGCUCACGUCGUCACCACAGUCAAUUCCGUACCGUACUGCGGAUAGCGACCAAAGCCGUAGGGUAGUAUCGGACCAAACGCAUGGUUCAGCCUCGCAAACGGGAUCGAUGGACGAAGCCUCGCCCUUACUGAACGGCAUAAAGCUACCACCUGACCAUGCCACAAAACUCCGAACGAACAAAGAAUUCACUCUUGACGAAGGCUUGGCGAGGCCGUCCACGUCGUCCGCUCGCCAUCGAUCGCAAAGCUCAAGAGCUGUUUCCACGCCUACUUCUGGUCGACGACAAACCCUACCAAGCAACGAACGCCUCGCACAAACGUGGGCAUCCCGGUCGAAACAGGAUCGUCCGAGCAUUGGCCGGGAGCCGGACCCUAAGCAUCUCAGCCCUUCACCGCAGAUCACUGACUCAGCGCUGCCUUCCCCCAUGCCACCCUCUAUUCCCCUCCCCCCUUUGUCUGUCCCUACCUACCUACAGUUGGAGCUUGCAUCGGGCCGGCCCUCCCCGUUGUACAUCCAUCGCUCAGCUACAAGCGACUUCCCGUAUGAGUCCUCUCGCGUAAAGCUGGAGCGGCUUAUGAACUUUUUGAUGCUCCCCCCUGUGCUGGAACAAGUUCUUUGGUUUGGUAUACUGGCAUGCCUGGAUUCAUGGCUAUAUUCGUUCACCAUCCUCCCCCUUCGCUUUGUUAAAGCUUUGUACAUUUUGCUAGAAUCCUGGAUGGUCAACUUGGGUGUGGAGUUCCGAUUCCUUUCAGGCUUUAUCAUCAAGGGCGUUGGAAGGGUUUGGCGGAGACGAAACAAGGCGUCUGGAGACGGGACGCACGAGCAACACCGGGCUUCGGAAUCCGAAACUCGGCCACGGAAGGAAUCUGCUGGAGGUGAACGAGAUGCGAAAACGAAAGCAACGGAGCGCAGACGGUGCCGCUCCGAUACACAUUACAAGUAUCAGCACCGUCGGCAAAAGUCCAUUCCGUCCGCAUUGCUCCCUGAUGAUAAGGCGGACAUUCUCAAGGGCCUACUAAUGAUUGCCACAUGCGCCGUUCUGAUGUACUUUGAUGCGAGCCGAAUGUAUCACUGGAUCCGGGGACAGGCAGCCAUCAAACUGUACGUGAUCUACAAUGUGUUGGAGGUCAGCGAUCGGCUGUUUGCUGCCAUCGGACAGGAUGUGCUGGAAUGUCUUUUCUCACGAGAGGCUUUGGAACGUCGACCUGAUGGACGGAGCAAAGUCUUCCGGCCAUUCGGACUCUUCCUGUUGGCUUUAGCCUACACCGUGAUACACGCCACGGCGCUUUUCUAUCAGGUCAUGACGCUGAAUGUGGCUGUUAAUUCCUAUUCGAAUGCCUUGAUCACAUUGUUGCUCUCAAAUCAGUUUGUCGAGAUCAAGUCUACUGUUUUCAAGAAGUUCGAAAAGGAGAAUCUGUUUCAGUUGACCUGCGCGGAUGUGGUAGAACGGUUUCAGCUCUGGCUUAUGCUCACCAUCAUUGCUUCGCGCAAUAUUGUCGAGACCGGUGCGUUCAAUUUCAUUGGUAACUUGGGCUCCAGUUUCAGUAGCCAGUCGACGAGCACCAAUAGCACGCCGUUGUCGACGCCUCCGCGAACCAUGUCGUCGAUCCUCCCGCAGUCGUUCACCAUUGUGCCCUCAUCCAUCAUUGCAUCCUUUAGUGACGUAAAUUCAUUUCUUCCCACCCUCGCCCAGGUGCUCGGGCCAUUUCUGGUUGUGCUAGGGUCCGAGAUGCUGGUUGACUGGCUCAAACAUGCGUACAUUGGUAAAUUCAACAACACACGGCCUGCAAUUUACAAGCGGUUCCUGGACAUCUUGACCAAAGACUACUACACCAACGCCUUUGGAGAUCAGAACCUGACCCGCCGACUGGGACUGCCGGUCAUCCCGUUGUCAUGCCUCUUCUUUCGGGUUUCGGUCCAGACAUACCAGAUGUUCCUAGCCGCUUUACUACCGCAACAACCAUCAUCUACGGCUGUAGAAUCGACAUCCUUAUCUUCUAUCUACAGCCACUACGUCCCAGCUCCGAUUCCGUCACCGCCGCCGCUGACGCUGCGGACGAUCGUGCCUGCCUCUGCGGCGCACAUAGAUGCCCUUUUCCGACAGCUCUUGGCGAACGCCAUGCCGUCCCCGGCGCAGUCCGUGUACAUCUUCACCAUCGUCCUGAUCUUGACCGGAUAUCUGGUGCUGUUGAUCGUGAAACUGUUAUUAGGGAUGGUGUUGUUGACUUUCGCCCGGUCCAAAUACAGAGCGAUGAAGAAUCGGGAGGCUGACCAAUCAUCUCAUGAAAACAGCGGUCCACCCCGCGGCCGAGAAUACGCGGUGGAGGGCGGGCGUCGGUUUGGCGGAUGGGGUGUAGUGGAAGUCAAUGACGACCACCGACGAUGGAUUUACGAGGAUGAUCCCGAAGGAUUACGGCGGUUGAAGGCUAAGGAAGAGAAAGAUAAGAAUUCCAAGGAGGAGUUGAACAUGGACCACGUUCGGCGGUAUGAGAUGGUGGCCAAGAGAAUCUGGUGACAUGGAUUUGUACGUUAUCUUCUGUGUGGAUACCUAAUGAUUGCUGUAAAUUAUUGUUGGAUGUAUAUAUGCAGAGCUAUGUGAAAUAUGCAAAGGGAACGUGGCUCCAUUGCGUUGGAAGGUGAAGAAAAUAGUGAUUGUUCCAGACUAUUAAGGUGGAUCUCGGGAUGUUCUUUCUCGGGAAGUGCUGACUCCACCUCCAUAACUAUUGAACUUUUGUCUCUCUCUCUUUGUUCUCAUUUUCUUGUUCGUACCAACGUUUGAUCCCCGGAUCAACCACUACGCUGGAAUCAAUGCGAAUAAAUGCAAACCGCAGGAGGCAACCCCAUUGCCUGAUCGCAGCCAGAAGAAGUAUUCAAUCCCCGAAUCAUGGACGGGACAUUGACCUUG